AUUCAUUCGUAGUUGUAUAUCUAUAAUUAAAUUCAGUACCUAUUAAUUUAUUUAUUUUAUUCAGAGAUUUUUUAUUGGACGCCGGAAUCGCGAUAUUAAUUUAAGCACACGGUUUCGUUCAGAGUCCACGAACAAAGCUCGCAAGUAAACCGAGAGAAGAAAGAAUCUCGCCGGAAAAACUAAGAAAAGAGAAGAUGUCGUGGCAAUCAUACGUCGAUGACCAUCUCAUGUGCGAUGUGGAAGGCAACCACCUCACAUCCGCCGCCAUCCUCGGCCAAGACGGCAGUGUCUGGGCCCAAAGCGCCAAUUUCCCUCAGUUCAAGCCUCAAGAGAUAGAAGGAAUCAUGAAAGACUUUGAGGAAGCCGGUUAUCUUGCCCCAACCGGGCUAUUCAUUGGUGGCGCAAAGUACAUGGUUGUUCAAGGCGAGGCAGGAGCAGUCAUCCGAGGGAAAAAGGGACCUGGUGGAGUCACUAUCAAGAAGACCAAUCAAGCUUUAGUCUUUGGCAUCUACGAUGAACCGAUGACCGGAGGCCAAUGCAACUUGGUGGUGGAGAGGCUCGGCGAUUACCUUAUCGAGUCUGAUCUCUAAGUUGUUUCAAACCAGUUUCAGUUAUAAGCUCUGCUUCUUUGCUACAGAAACACUCUUCUGUACUGUAUUUGUGAUUUCGAUUGUUGUUGUGCAUCAAAACAAAGCUAAAUGAUAAUACCCUCUUAAAAGAAACUAAGACACAAUCAUAUUUGUGUUGGUUUUGAGUCCCUAUUUCAUCUUUUAUGAUGGCUUUCAAAAUUUCUCUCUUACUUGUACUGUAUUUAUCAAUGUAUCUCACUUGUUUUCGGUUUGAGUAAUGAAAUAAUUCCGGUUUGGUAUAACAUUUCA